AUGGAUUUCAGCUCUGUCAAGGCAUCAAAUUCUUUACCUGGAGUUAUACCUCUCUAUGUUGGAAUGCCAGUUAUCCUGAGGUUGCGCAACAUUUCCACAGACCUCCGGAUUACCAAUGGUUCCCAAGGGGUUGUGCGCUACAUCUCAACAGCGUUCCCUGGAUCCAAGGUACAGCUCAGUGACUUGCCGGCCACAUAUUUCCCUGUUGUUCCUGUCUCAUGGACUUUCACAUCUCUCCUCAAGGAUGAGAAUGGACUGGAUUGGAAACUUCGCAUUACUCGCCACCAGCUGCCUAUUCAGCCUGCCUUUGCUGUGACAGGUCACUCUGCUCAGGGUAAGACUUUGCCUACAGUGCUAGUGAACUUGCAUGAAGGUGGUUUCGGGGCAUAUGUAGCUGCAUCACGGGCACAGUCACGUACUGGUCUGUGCAUU